AUGUUCAAAACCUGCAAUGGCGAAGCCUCGCGCCCCUGGCCGAUGGAAAUUUCCACCAAAAUCAGCCUCAGAUCCGCGAAUGCAUCUUGGGAAGAAAUAGCGGCAGAAAAGCAUGACAUCAGCAUCGCCGGGCCAUUCACAACCCACAUUCGCGACAUUCUGAUGGACGCAGUAAAAGCGGCAAGCCACUUUUUAUCCAAGGAAGAAGCUCCAGCAGCUGAGGCAGAAAAUUUCUUCCCGAAUGUCUGGACGCCAGCGCUACAGAAGCUUGAAGAAAGAAUCGCUAGAGUCCUACGCCUCAUGGACAAGGACAUGAAGCUCACUCUCAAGAAGCAUAUGGAAGCGAUGGAGAAAGCAUCCAAAAUCCUCUCAAAACUCGUCCGGGACGAGUACGGAGACUUGGAAGAAGAACACAAGCAUCUCUCAGUCCCCAGCCUCUUCUACUCCUGCCUGAACGUCACCAAAGCGCACAUCGACAUCCCUUGGAUCGUCUGCCUCGCAUACCUGGAAGAAGGCGAGAACUUCGACGAAGCGGCCGAGCCAGUCUACUGGGAACGAAUCGCCGAUCUCAAGGCAAAGACUGGCUUCAGAUUCAAGAAAGACAGAGUCCCUUCAAAGGAUGAGCGAAGGGACAUGAGGAGCGAAGUCAAGGCGAAGAUGAUCCGAGAGAAAGGCUGGGAAGAAACGAAAGCAGCUUCCUACGCACUGAAGUUCUUCCUCGAGCUUCCAGAAGAUGCUUCAACUCAGACUUUGGACCCUCCAGCAGCAGAGCUCAAGCAUCAGGAAGUCCAAACAGAACAAGAGUCUCAGCAGCUGGAAGAACCGCCGGAAGCGCCUGAACCUGAGCCUCAGCAGCCUGAAAGUGAAGCCAGCGCAGCCGUCGACGUCGUCGCAGCCACGGACAGCGCAGAAAACGACAGCGACGAUGAAGAUUCUUUCAACGCGCAGUCAGACCCAGGCCAGUUCAACCCGCCCGUCAAGAUCGACCCAAGCAAACUCAGACGAGCCAGCGGCGAUGACGAAGAAAAAGAAGAAAUCCUCGAGGAAGAAUUCUUCUCAGCAGCGGAAGAGCCACAGCUAGAAGGCUUCAGCGAACCCGCAGCCGCAGAUCCGCCAAAGCAGCCAACUACAACAAGCUUCAGAGCCAAGAUGAUGGAGCGAAGACGAAGACACCAGCUCAGCCGCCGAAGUGGCCUCACCGAAGAGCUUCUCCAACAAGCGGAAGCCUCCUCACAGACAGAGGAGCGAGAAAAGCAGCGAAAGCAGCAGGAACGUGAGCGCCAGAUGGAGAUGGAACGUCAAGAAGAGGAAGAAAGACAAAAGCAGCAGGAGCUUGAGCGCCAGCGGAAGUUGGAAGAGCGAAAGAAGGAGGAAGAAGCUCGAAAGCGCCAAGAACAGCAGCAGAAGGAGCAAGAAGAACUGGCUCGACAACAACGAAAGAAAGAGGCCAAAGCUGCGGCUCAGCGUCAAGUGGAAGAAAACACCAGGAUCCGCCAGCAGUACUUCCAGCAGAAGGAGAAAGAAGAACGCGAAAAGCAGCUAAAAGAAGCCCAGAAGGAAGAGAAGCCGCUCCUCAAGCCUCGCAUCAGCAUCUACGACGUGGCAGACACGGGCCGACCCGGGAAUCACUACUUCCUGACCAAAAGCCAAGCCAAGCUCAUGAGCAAGGAUAGCGUCAGAGAAGCCCUGGGCGCCCCGAAAGAAAAUGGUCUCUCCUACGCUGAACGAGAAGCGAUCAAAGAAGCCUGGUACAGCAGCCUCAGCCACGAGAAGCUCAUCAGCUCGCAGCAGGAGGGCCGAUCACUCGCAAAGUACCACAGCCGCAGUGGUUGGACAAUCAAGGACGAGCCGCCCUUCAAAGCAUCCAGCCUCAUCCGAAGCAAGGAAAUCCGCGUCAUGCACUACAUCUUCGAAUGGAUGGAUUACCGUGGCAUCAAGAAAAGAUUCCAAGAAGCUUACCAAGCCGGCUUCAUCAACCCAAAGCGUCUGGACAUCCUCAUCUGCUUCACAAUGAAGAUAGUCGGCGGCAAACUCGUCAAAUUCAUCAGACAAAUGUUCGUCCGAUGCCUCAACGACCUCAAAAUCAGCAUCCCUGCCAUCAACAUCGAAGCUGCCCCGACCUACUGA